CAAUGAGAAGCGCACGGGUCCUGGUCGCCUGGGAAACCGUGUGACAACAAGAUGGCGGCGCCGCGGGUGGUUCUGUGGCCUGCGUGGGGGUUCCUGACGGCUAGAAUCUAGAAGUAGAAAUAUGAGCUCACCUUUGGCCUCCCUUGGCAAGAUCCGGAGAGUGCCUCUACAGUCGGAGCCUGUAAAUCCUGGGAGGCGGGGGAUAAAAAUCUACGGAAAUGAAGAUGAGGUAGACAUGCUGAAUGACGCUCACGGCUCGGAAGAAAGGAUCUCUGUCCCGUCCUGCUAUGGUGGCAUAGGUGCCCCUGUCAGUAGGCAAGUCCCCGUGUACCAUGACUCGGAGCUGGUGGCCACCCUGACACGGAAACUGCGGGAUCUGGAACAGCAGGUGAAGGUCCAGACUGACGAGAUACUGUUCAAGACUCGGAAGAUACAGGCCUUGGAGGAGUUGGUGGAGACCCUCGAGGAGCACCAGGGCAAGGUGAGCCUGCAGCGGCAGGAGGAGCUGGAGACGGUGUGCGCGAAGCUGCAGCGGCAGGUUGGGGAGAUGGAGCGGUUCCUCGGUGACUACGGCUUGCAGUGGGUGGGCGAGCCCACAGACCAGGAAGACUCGGAGGAUGAUGAGAGGGACUGGAUGACGGCCAAGAAGUUCUGGAAGCCAGGGGACUCGUUGGUUCCCCCCGAGGUGGACUUUGACAGGCUGCUGGCCAGCCUGAAGGAUCUCAGCGAGCUGGUGGGAGACAGCGACACCCAGUUGAUACCAGUGCCCGACAGAGUGCCGCACCGGACCCUUGAACCCAUCCCACUGAGGCUCUACCGGAAUGGCAUCGUGAUGUUCGACGGGCCCUUCAGGCCCUUCCACGAUCCCUCCACGCAGCGCUGCCUCCGAGACAUACUGGAUGGCUUUUUCCCCUCAGAGCUCCAGCGGCUAUACCCUGAUGGCGUCCCCUUUAAGGUGAGUGACCUGCGCAGUCAGGUCUACCCAGAGAAUGGGCUGGACCCGUUCCCAGGUGAGGGCCGUGUGGUAGGCCUGCAGAGGAUUCGAAAACCCUUGGACAGCAUGGAGCAUCCAGGCUCCAGGAUGACUGCCGAGAAGUUUCUGAACAGGCUCCCCAAAUUUGUGAUCCGACAAGGCGAGGUGAUUGACAUUCGGGGCCCGAUCCGGGACACCCUGCAGAACUGCUGCCCGUUGCCUGUCCGGAUCCAGGAGAUCGUGGUGGAGACGCCUGCCUUGGCUGCUGAGCGUGCGAGGAGCCGGGAGUCUCCGGAGUCGCCGGCGCCCCGGCUCUCCAUGCUGCGCAUCAGGUCUGAGAACGGCGAGCAGGCUUUCCUGCUGAUGAUGCGGCCGGAAGACAGGGUCGGCGAUGUGCGCGCCCUGCUCGCACAGGCCAGGGCCGUGGAGCCCACCACCUUCGAGAUCUUCAGUACGUUCCCGCCCACAGUCUACAACGACGACGCGCUCACACUGCAGGCCGCGGGCCUAGUGCCCAACGCCACGCUACUGCUUCGGGUGCGCCGGGCCUCGCUGCCCGCCCCCGGCCCCAAAUAAACCGCCCGCCCGCCCCAUACCGGCUGCUCCGCGAGGCUCUCUUGGCGGGGCAGCCCCGCUGCGCUAGCUCUGCGGAGGGGAGGGGGCGGCGCCCACCCGCCCCUCCGUAACCCGAGCCCCAGCUGGCGGGCCUGGCCCUGGGUCUUUGUCCUGUAGGUUCCUCUUUCUGCCCGGAGGGCUAAGCUGCUCCAGGGGAGGGAGGGCCCGGGGCCGCCCCAGCCCAGCGCCUCCUGGGCCAGCGUGCAGCCAGCAGAUCCCUGCAUCCAGACGCGCACAGGACCACAAGCACGUAGGGACACUUCCCACUGCACCAGAGCCCCUGCCCCCGCCCUGGCAGAACUGCACCCGGGCACCCACUUCCACGACACCCCCACACCGAGCUGAGCUGCCGGGGCACAGGCAGGAGGGCACAGGGCACUGCCCUGUUACUGACUGGCGUGCAAACGUGCAGUGCACACCAGGCCACAAGCGCGUCAUGGACACCACCACAUGCACGCCCACUGCAGGCUGACCCACCCCCAGUAUCUCUAGAAACCAACAGUCCAACACAGUUGUGUGUGUGUGUGUGUGUGUGUGUGUGCUGGGCAUAUAUCCAAACACAUGCACCGUCACACAAUAAAGGUGCCACAUAGGACUGCCAGUCGACCUGCCCGCCAGGCACAGCCUCAGCACAA